AUGCGCCGCCCGCGACCCAGCCUGAGCGCCCGCCUGGGCACGCGCGCCAACACCCUUAGCACAGGUAGCGACACGCCCAUCAAGAAAAUAUCCGAACCGCAUGUCAGAUCCUCCGAACACAUCUUGCGCAAGUUUCGCGGCAGUCCCCCCUCGCUCACCAUCCAUCUGCAUGCCACCUUCUUCCGCUUCGACCAGCAAGAUGGCAGCUUUCCCUACGAUUCUCCUAUGAAAUUCAUCUUGCAACACUUGCGCAAACAGACUGUCCCCCAUGAGAUGGUUCAGGAUCUGCUCGACAAUGGCGUUGCCUUCUACGAUGGUUGUCUCAUCGUCAAUAUCGUUAACCACAAGUCCUCUGUCGCAAAGACUACCACUCCUGGCAACCUGUCCGUGACUUCGGCUGACCAUAACGUUCCCUUCUCCAUGCACAACUAUCACGACCACAUUACUCCUUCUCCCCUGGGCCCUUACCCCAAGAAAGCCUCGGACCGUUCAUCUCUAUCCACCAAGUCGAGGUCCGAGUCCAUCAAACAACAGGAUGGCUCAAAGGAACAAACACAUACUGGCCCCAGAACCUCAACCAUCGUCUUACAUCCCACAGAUCUCUCACGCCACCACGAAUUGAUGCAUCUCGCUAACCAAUCAACCAAGACUGCUCUGGCUAUCGAUGAGAAGGACUAUUACCAAUUCGAGGCGAACAUGCUCGUUUCUAGCGAACCGCCGCUGCUAUUAGACCCUGCAAAAUCGCCCGAGGAGGCCGAAAUGGCCCUAAAAAUUCUUCAACAUCCUCUGCAUUCUGAGCCCCCGCCAUCACCAAGAUCUCGCAAGCGUACUCAUGCCGAAAUGGCUCUCGACGACGCACAAGCCUUCGAAGAAGAGAGGCGUAUGCUUAUCAUGGACGAGCGCACGAAACCUUCGUUGCGCGGUGCCAACGGUGCUUCUGCUUCUGAAGGCCAGACUGCCUCGGUGGCACUUGGGUUCUCCAGAUUCAAAACGCUCGAAACUAUCAAGAAGAAUCACGAAGAGAACGAUCGCAAGAAGAAGGAAGAAGAGGCGCAGAAAGCCAUUGAGAAGCGUCAACACGAUGCUGCGCUAGCUCAAAAGAGAAAGCUCAUGGAGGACAGGAACAGACAAGAGCAGGCCGCUACGCAACAGAAGCAGAAGAUGAUGAUGCAGCAGCAGCAGUUGAUGCAACAGCAACAAGCUCAGCAGCAGGCUCAGCAACAGGCUCUUCAACAGCAACAGCAACAGGCACAGGCCGCUCAGCUUCAGCAACAGCAACAAUUGCAACAACAACAUGCUCACAACCUGGCUCAGAGCCAAACGCCCAUGGCUGCAAAUCCACAGCAACAACACCUUCAGCAACAAGCCGCCAUGGCUGCUCAGCACUCGUCUCCCAUUGUGCACAACCCUACUCCUAUCAUGGCUUCAUCCCCUCUCAUGCCAAAUGCUGCCAACAUGAACAUGGGAGGCUUCCCAAUGCAGCCCUCGAUGUCGAAUCAAGGCGCUGGAAGCCCGGCUCGUCCUCCUUCGGCUGCGAUGCAACACGCCAACAUCGCCAUGGCUAGGCAGCUCAGCCAGCAGACUAGUCAGAGCCGUCAUGCCACUCCUCAGAUGGCUCACGGAACUCCACAAAUGGCAUCUGCUAUACCUAUCGAUAACAACCGCCAGAUGAGCGGUACCCCUAACAUGCAACAUCGCAGUCCAGUCCCUCCUCAUAUGCAGAAUACACCCAACCAGGCGGGCCUGAUGGCUGCAACGCAGAUGAACCAGCUCACUCCUGGUCAGCAGAUGGCACUCAUGCAACAGCAGCGCGCUCGCAAUCUACAGCAGACUAUGCAAGCUUCACCAAAUCAGUCUUAUACGCCUGAGCAAGUUGCGAUGAUGAGGAAUCAGCAGAACAUGGCACUGCAGCAGCAGAUGAACCCUCAAAUGUAUGCUCAGAUGCAACAACGCAUGCAGAUGCAGAACAUGCAAGGCGGAGCACCUAUGAUGCAGACGCCUUCUCAACAGCAACAACAACAGCAAAUGAGCCAAGCAAUGGCUCAACAGAUGGGCCAGCAGACAAUGCCGAAUGUUCAAACUCAAAGAUUGCAACAAGCUCGUGCUGCAUUGAUGCGCACAAAGCAGUUGAUUGUACACAUGCAAUCUCAAGGUCAACCGAUACCGCCAGAAAUACAACACAAAUAUCAGCAGCAAAUGCAGCUGGUCCAGACAUCUCAGGCGCAAGUGACAUUGGCUACAGCGAGGACGCAGCAACAGUCUCUUGGCGACACGAAUAACACGGAGCAAUACAUGCAAAACUUCCGCAAUCAGCAAGCACUGAUUGCAAGGAUGCAGCGAAAUCCACAGAUGGCACAGCAACAGGGCAUGAUGAAUGGCGUGGGUCAGCAACAGAACAUGAACAUGUUGCAAACUCAACAAGCGCAGAUGCAGCAACAAAUGCAGUUCGCUCGCCAGCAUGCGAUGAAUCAACAACGACCCGGGUCGGGAAUGGGUCAGUAG